ACCACCUUGUUAAUGUGUUUAGAAAACAAUGGAGGAAUAGUAUGUAAGAUGGAGUUCAAUAUAAUCAGCUACAGUAUUUUUGCGCUUCUUCUCCUGGGAGUAUAUUGUCAAGUAGAAAAGGAAGAUGUACAAAGAUCACAUGACCGCAUGGCUGAAUUAAUGAAACAUGAUGGAGUACAACGUGUAAUUGUUGCAGAUACUGCGAAUGUUAAAAAACUUAUUAAAAAACACCGUUUACUAAUUAUGUUUUUCUGGGUUGAUAAUAAUAAAGAAUCUGAAAAGUUGAAUGCAAAAGAUAUUUAUUUUCUUGAGGUUGUUGCACAACUACUUCAAGCUGGUAAUGUUGCAGUUACUACAUGUGAAAUAAUGGCUAACCAGAAAUUUGCAAUGGCAGUAGGGGUUCGGUAUACUGGUAUGAUCAAAGUAUUUAACAAGGGAAAAGUUUCAACUUAUGCUGGCCAAAGAUCAGCUGACGUAUUUGUACCAUAUUUAUCAAAAAUGUUAGAAAAAUCUGUUACUGUUAUUAGUAAAAAAGGUGGAAAGAAACAAUACGACAAUAACGAAUUGCCUAAAGUGAUAGCCUAUGUUAAAGAAAAGAGCAAAGAGCUCAAAAUAAUUAAAGAAGCUGCGAUGCAUUUCCAACCGAUGAUUCCAUUUUUUGUUGUACACGACUCCAAGCUGGCAAAGUCUUUCCACAUCAAGAAGUUAAAUACCAUUCAACUAAAUAAACCUUAUGAGAAAUCUGUUACUUUUCCAAACAAGGAUAAAAUGACUGAAGAUAAUAUAGUUAAAUUUGUAGAGCAAAAUAGAAGACAACGUUUAACAAAGAUGAGAUUGGAGAACCUUCAUGAAAUAUGGGCAAUUGAUAUGAAAGGUUAUAUUGUUCCUGUUUUUGCUGUAGACAAAACAGAAGAUGGUGCGAAAUUUUUUUCACUUGCUAAAGCUUUAGCUAAACACUUCGAAAAAAACGAAAACUUGUCAUUUGUAUGGAUUGAUCCAGAACCAUUUCCCGGGAUGAUCGAUUAUUGGAGCCAAACAUUUGAAAUUGAUCCACUACAGCCUACCCUUGGUGUGGUGGAGAUACAUUCGCAAACAUCAGCGUGGUUUAAAAAACCAACGGAAGACGAUUUCAAAUUAAACGAUAUGAAAAGAUGGCUGAACGACGUUGUUGCCGGAAAAGUAACCUUCGAAAAAAUGAAGCCUUUUAAACCAAGAAAGAUCACUGAAACAUCUGAGGAGGAGAGAGAGGAAGGAGAGGAAGAGCAAGAAAACAUGGAAGAAAGCAAAGACGAAUUGUAGAAGAUAAAUUUUUAUAAAUUGUAUGCAACAUGAUCCUGUUUUAUUUAGAUAGGAUCAAGGCUUGAUUACAACAGCCUGAUGCUGUACCAACUUUGGGAAUUUUUACACAUGCUAUCUUAUAGUCAGAAUGUGCCAUUCUUCUCUUUAAAAUUUUGCAUUAUUAACCUUCGUACACUCCGUGAAGCCGUUAUCACCGAACUUUGAGAUAUCUAAAUGGGGAUCCUGUGGAAGAGAAAUGGUCUUCUUAGUGAUACCCAACUUCGUCGGUGUUAGUGGUGACCAAAAAUAGGGUUUAAUUAUGAAAGUUUAGGUGAAAAAUCAGAAUUAUUAUGAAAUUUUUUUCCCGCGUAUAAGGGUUAACAUAGUCAUACGACUAUGGUGUUAAGAAGAUAAGUCCCUUUUUAAAUAACGUGUAAUUUAAAUAAAGUUGUUAAAAACAUUAAUUCGAUAGUUUGGAGAUAUCGUUUGCUACACUUUUAGAUUUCCAGUUAUUUGUAAUAAUUUUAAUUGUUUUUUAUAGAAUUGUUAUUUAAUAUGGUCCGAUGCAUUUUUUUGUCAGCCUAAGUGCUUAGAACGGUAAAUGUUCCGAGCGAAGGGACUAGUGGAAAGGUUGUCAUUUCUUGGAUCUUAUAAGACACUUUGAAAGAAAUUUAUAAGAAUUAUAUGAGCUUGUAGUAAGUUUAGCAGUUGAAAAUUGUAGACCCCUAAUAUUUGAAAAAUAGAAACAAAGAAAA